CCUGUCCUUUGCUCCUUGCUUCCUCCGAAGAAAACGUCAGAGUCGUGAUUGCCUCUGACUACGCGAGUGAUUAUGUCCAAUGCUACAGACAAGGCCCGCUUCUACCUGGAACAGUCCGUUCCUGAACUGAAGGAAUACGAGAAGAAAAAGAUCUUCAGCAAGGAUGAAAUCGCAUCGAUAAUCAAGAGGCGAUCGGACUUCGAACAUAAACUCAAUGCCCGUGGCGCACAACCUAUCGACUUCGUGCGAUACGCCCAGUAUGAGAUGAACCUCGACACUCUACGGCGAAAAAGAGUGAAAAGACUAGGUAUCAGGUCUGCUGGACAUACCGGGCAGAGACGAAUUUUCUUCGUUUUGGAUAGGGCCACUCGGAAAUUCCACGGGGAUAUUAAUCUAUGGGUUCAGUAUAUCGAAUACGCUAGGCAGCAGAAAGCGUAUAGGAAGCUCACUCAGAUAUUCACGGAUGCUUUGCGGAUACACCCCGCGAGUGCAGAUCUAUGGAUAUAUGCUGCCAAAUAUGCCCUGGAUGACCAUGCAGAUAUGAUGCAGGCGAGAAGUUACAUGCAACGUGGUCUAAGAUUCUGCAAGAGCUCGAGGAAAUUGUGGAUCGACUACGCGAAGCUGGAAUUGAUCUAUGUUGCGAAGCUUGUUGCUCGACAGCGGAUUCUGGGCCUUGACAAAGCUAUUGAGCCUGCCACAGACGAACCAGAAGGCUCUUUUGAAGACUCUGAUGCUGAUGUGAUUAAGCUUCCAGAGUUGACUGGGGAGGACGUGUAUCCGAAUGAGAAAAAGAACGUCGAAACGGACCUAACAGCGAUCCAAAAUCUUGGUUCUUCUCCUGCCCUUAGCGGACAGAUCCCGCUCGCCAUUUUCGAUUCCGCCAUGAAGCAUUUCAAUAAUGACGACCGAUUCGGCCACGAGUUCUUUUCUAUGGUCCUGGAGUUUGAGGAUGCACCAUGUCUGCACAAGAUCCUCGAGCAUAUCGUUGAAGUGAUGCAGGCGACUAAGCCUUCGAGCUCUCAUACGCUAAUAUGCUACAUACAGCUGCCAACUGCUGGAGUGAGAGUUACCUCCCCUGGUUUCCCGCGAGCGCUGGGUGCCUCGCUUGGACGCCUAAAAGACCACCGAAAUGAUAAGGGCGUUGCGCAGGAGGUCAUCAAUUGGUUGAAACCAUUGGCAAAGACUGAGGGCAUAGACCCUGCGUUACACAAGGUCAUGGUAGCGACUAUUCGCAGUGCUGAGCGGACACUAGAGCAAGCAUAG